CCGCGUUACGCUAUUUUUCGAACUGGCCUAAUCUAUUCUGUUAUAUCUAUGGUCAUAAGACAGCUACAGCCUACAGCUGUCAAAGUUUAACUUGGUUAUGUUUACUUUUUUUAAAUAUUUGCCGGCACGAUUUUAAAUAAUGUUAUUUUCAGCCGAAAUUACAGAUUUCCGCAUAGUCCACAACGUACUAAAAUCAAUAGCAGUAAAAGAUUAUGUUAUAGUGCGCCCCAUGGAGGAAGGGCUAAAGCUGACCCUUGAUGAGAUGAAAUGCAUUGAAACAUCAAUUUACAUUCCAUCUUCGAUAUUCACUUCCUACAACGUAGAUAGUACAGAAGAUAUAAUUUUUAAGAUGAGUUUGAAGGUUUUCGUAGAUAUACUAAACAUAUUUGGAGAUGAAGGGAACCCUACGUUUAAACUGUCGUACGCAACUGUUGGAGCACCUUUGUGUAUUGUAAUGAACGAAGUGGAAGAGAACAUUACUGUGGACUGUGAGAUACGUACAAUGAAUGUUGAUGAUUUCACGGAUGUUAGUUUAGCAGACGAAUGUAAUUUAAACAAAAUGGUUAUAGGAGCAAAUAUUUUGGCAGAGCUGUUAAAUCGCUUGAACAAUUCUGCCGAUGAUCUAAAAGUCACGUUAUCUCCUGAUCCCCCAUAUUUUACAUUAAGUACUACUGGAAUUGCUGGCGAGUCAGAAGUUAACGUAUCAAAAAACUCAGAAGCUGUUACACUAUUUCAAUGUCAGAAAACCACGACAGCUACUUACAGCUUUUCUAAUAUAAGAUACAUCUUAAAAGUUAUGGGUUAUGCUGACAAAGUGGCUAUAUCUACUGGGGAAUCUGGACUGCUAGGUUUACAACUUGUCAUAGUUUCAGACGAUAGGCAAUUGUAUGUGGAGUACUAUGUAACCUCGCAGUAUUUAACAGAUUAGUGAAUGGCUAGUAUGAACUGUAUUUCUAAGGGCUGAGUUAUGGCUCAGUUACAAGAUGCUAGUAACUCAUAUGAGUUACUGGAGGAGAGUAUUUCAUAGUGAUAGUGGCGUGUACACUCUAAAAUCGUUUUUUAAUGAGUAGGAGACGUCUUAACACAACUGGUGUCAGCUACUAGAAGUGUGUACUGGUCUCUAAGCUGCUAGUGCGUCAUACAGUCAAGUAUUACGUGGGAGAAGUAUUGGUGGGGGAACCUAUACUCGUUCCAGUAAAUAUAAUCGCUUGCUAUUUACUCGACUGGCAUGAACACUCGUCUACUUUAAUAUAAAAUACGAAUUUCGCAAAGAGAGUACUAAAAGUCAGUACUCGGUUUUAGUGACUUGUACGAGUACAAGGAAGAAUACAGGGUAGAAGGAGUUGUGCAAGAAGGUGCAUCUCUUGGUUAAACAAUUUGAGAGCUUGUUAAGUGCACUUCUGCUGAUAUCUUUAGAGCAGAGGUAUCAAAAGAGCGAAUUGCCAUGAUGGUUGCCAAUCUUCUUAGAGGAGAUGGCACAUGAAGAGGAAGAUAAGUUACUAGCGUCAUAUAACUGAGCCUUUAGAAAGUUCCAAGAAAUGUAUUGUAAAACUACUGAGGAUAUAUGUGAUUUCAAGCCAUUGCAUGGGGAAAAUUAUAAUUAUAAGAUUAAGGGCCGGUUGUUCGAACGCUAAUCAACAGUGAUCAUUAUCAAAUAUUUAAUUACUGUCAUGUCAACUUUGUUUGGGUUGCUGAAAACAAUUAUGAUAUUACUUAAUCAAUUAUGUUAAUAAUUGUUAUGUUAAUUGAUUAACUAAUCUCAUAAUUAUAAUCAAUUAUGUUUUCAGCAACCCAAUAAAAGUUGACAUUGACAGUUUUGGUGACAGUAAUUAAAUAUUUGAUAGUGAUCAUUUGUUGAUUAGCGUUCGAACAACCGGCCCUAAAUGUUUUGAUCAUAACUUUAUUUAUGAGUGGAUCAUCUAAUUGAUUUAUUGUGUGCCAGUAAAUUUGACAGUAUGUACCUACUUAGGAUGCUAUUCACAAAAUUUAUUCAUUUUGGUCCCAAAAUCGAGUCAUUUCAGGUUUUCGUGGUACUCAUGAUUUUUCUAGUAGGAUAAUAUUUUUAUAAUAAUAAAAUCGUUUUUUU